CCUCUCAAGAUGGCCGCAAUGCGGCCGGGGCCAGAGCCGUGGAACCGCCUGAAGAUCCCCAAAGCGGGGAGCUGCACCGCAGUAGUAGUCCGGGAGCCUAGCGCGGCGCUUGACCUUUGCACUGCAGCUGUCAUUAAAGAGUGCCACAGCGUCACACUGUUGCUGAAAAGCCAAGCCUUAGAUGCAGAAACAGAUGUGUUGUGUGCAGUCAUUUACAGCAAUCACAACAGAAUGGGCCGCCACAAGCCCCAUUUGGCCCUCAAGCAGGUUGAACAAUGUUUAAAACGUUUGAAAACCAUGAAUUUGGAAGGUUCAAUUCAAGAUAUUUUUGAGUUGCUUUCUUCCAAUGAAAACCAGCCUGUAACUACCAAAGAACGUGUCAUUCCCAGUGAACCAGUGGUGGAAUUGGUGUUAAUGAAGGUUUUGGGAGCCUGCAAGCUGUUACUCCGCUUGUUGGACUGUUGUUGCAAGACAUUUCUCUUGACCGUGAAGCACCUUGGUUUGCGAGAAUUCAUUAUUUUAAACCUCGUGAUGGUUGGACUGGUGAGCAGGCUGUGGGUUCUCUAUAAAGGUGUUUUAAAAAGGCUGAUUUCUUUAUAUGAACCAUUGUUUGGAUUGCUACAAGAGAUCUCCAGGAUUCAACCAAUGCCUUACUUUAAAGCUUUCACCUUUCCCUCUGAUAUUGUUGAAUUUCUAGGACAGCCCUAUUUUGAGGUCUUUAAGAAAAAAAUGCCUACAGCUUUUGUAACUAAAGGAGUAACUAGGUUGCUAAAUAAACUGUUUUUAACAAAAGAGCAGCACCAGAUGUCCAGUGAAGAAGCCUUGCUUAGAAUUACCAAAAAAGCUAAACAAAUGAAGACCAACAUAGAGGAUAGUGUGGAUCUCGGCCAGCCGGUAAAGAAAAGGAAAGUUUUUGCAGAAAAAUCGUCAGAAUUUGAUGUGAGGGCUUUCUGCAAACGGCUGAAACACAGAGCUACUCAGGAGACCAACUUUAAGUGUUCUCAGUCCAAAAUAAAGGCAACUAAAUGUUCUCAGAAAGUGAUAGAAAUCUCCUGUGCCAACAGUUUUGUGCAAAGAUUCCAAGAGGCCGAGACCUUCAUAAAACUUUCUGAAGAAAUCCAGAUGGCGGUUAUAUGGUGCAGGAGCCGGAAACUCAAGGCUCAGGCCACCUUUCUGGGUAACAAACUUCUUAAAAGUAACCGGCUUAAACAUGUGGAAGCUCAAGGUUAUAGCUUGCCGAAGAAAUUAGAGUGCAUAAAAACAUCUAUUUGCAACUGCAUUCUUCGUGGCUCAGGUAACAAAACUUCAAAGCAUCAUCUGAGUCAAAGAAGGUCACAGAAUAAAUUUUUACUGAGACGAAGGAAACCGCAGAGAAAGCUGCAGUCAGCCCUUUUAAAGGAAAUUCACCAGUUCCCUCAAGGGACGCAGAAGGGUGCUACAGACACCAGUGCUAAACGAAGACUCUCCCACCGCACGGUUCAUAGAGCUGAUCUCUACCCUUACAGCAAGCAGCUCAUAGGUAGCAGAGCUUCAAACCCUGUUGUGAGAACUAAGAAGAAACAAAACCAUGAAAAUCUCACACAAAGCAAUGACAAUGAAACUGGUUCAUGGACAAUGACCCAAACGAGUGAACAUAAUACAUCAGAAACUAUUAAGCAGAGAGAUGACAUUGAUGACAUUUUUGCUUUAAUGGGAGUUUAGAUGUUCAUCACUUUGAAGUGCUAACAAGCUGCUCCAGGGUUCUGCUGUUCUACGUGGAGCUGCUGCUAUCUGGAAGUACCGCUUUGACUGAGAGUGGAGCUACUUUCGUGCAACACUGCAUGGGAGUUUUCAGUUCAAUAAAUAUUUAAAGUAUCUUUGUGCCAUUUAAUGAACAAAUACUUACUUGGCUUCAACUAGGAGCCAGGGGUUAAGAUGGAAAAUCUGCCACAGCCUGCCCUUGAGUAUCUGAUGUAGUUCCUUGACUAAGGCUGGCAUGUCCCUGAAAAACUGAACAAUUUUAUGAUUUACCAGGGAUUAAGACUUGGAAUAAUUAGGUUUGCAAAAGCCUACUCUGUGCCUUGAAGGAUGUGGGGCUAGGGUAGAAGUGGGGAGCAGCAAGGAAGCCCCUGAAAGAUCACUUGCCUUACUGGCUCCAUCAUGGGUAAGUCCACCUCAGCAUACCAACGUUUCUUGCUUCUGAUGGUUGUGUUCUUGCUUAUUAUAGACUAGAAUUGAUCAUCAAAGGGAUUCAAAGUUUUGCCACUAAUUGGUCACAACCAUUACUUCACUUCAUUUGUUCACGUUAUCUCAUGGGCCCACAUUAAAAUGCUUUUGAAGUUCUCCAAAAGGUUUUUACUGUUUUGUUUAUUUGGGUGCCAGUGAUUUAUUCCAAAAUCAUCCUUUUUUCAAAAAGGAUUUAAGGCGGCUUAUGGCUAUACAUGAAAUAUAACAGGAUAGCAAAGCAGAAGUAGGACCGUGUUAUGGAUUGAAUUGUGUCCACCAAAAAUGUGCAUUGUAAAUCCCAACCCUUUCACCUGUGGUUAUAAUCCCAUUUGGGAAUGGGUUUUCUUUGUUAUGUGCUUGAAAAUGAGACAGUAUCAGUGUAGGGUGUGUCUUGAAUCAGUCUCUUUUGAGAUAUAAAAGGAACAGAUUAAGUAAGGAAGAACAGCAGCAGACAUGGGGUAAGAUAGAUACCAUGCCACAUGAGGGUCACCAAGGAGCCAAGGAAUAGAAGCUGAAGAGAGACAAGGACCCUCUCCAGAACUGACAGAGAAAACCUUCCCCUAGAGUUGGUGCC